UCUAGCAGUUUUUUUCUCCACCAAAUUAUAUGUCUAAAUUCAUGCUCUCUCUAUAUUCAUAUAGAUAUAUUUCUGAUAUUACAUCCGUUACUAAAUAUCCACUCCUUACAUAUGGCUGGUCUUUGCUUGAACUAUGCUAAUAUCACCUUCAUUUUUGCUUAUUCCCUUUUCUAGUUCCAUUCUCUAUAAUAUAUCAUCAUCAUUAUUCUUGAUUUAAUGAUUUCUCAUUUAUCGUUUUUUUCCUCCUCGUUACUAGUGAUAGUAGUAUAGUAGUAUAGUACUAGUGCUAUUAAAUUUUUUUUUUUUGGUUGUCUUUACUAUGGUAAUUUCUCCAUUCAGUAGUAUUUAAUAUUGGUAGUUGUAGUAAAGGUCUGAUCAGUAAUUCUUGUUUGUGUCUGUCUUACACUAUUCAUGUGAUGGGAAUAGCUGAAUUUCAUCAGUUCCUCUUUCUUGAAACUAAGUACUUGUACUACUCCAAAGUUUAUUCCGUUGUUGAGGGUUGUCAAUAAAAUAUGAAUAUGGAGUACGGCAGCGGAGGUGGUGGAGGUGGCACCAGCAGCGGCGGCGGCGGUGGCGAUCCCCACGACGCCGCCGAGCGGAGGAAGAAACGUUAUCAUCGUCACACUGCUAACCAAAUUCAAAGGCUUGAAUCUAUUUUCAAAGAAUGUCCUCAUCCAGACGAGAAGACAAGAUUGCAAUUAAGCAGAGAUUUAGGCUUAGCUCCUCGUCAGAUUAAGUUUUGGUUCCAAAAUAGAAGGACUCAAAUGAAGGCUCAACAUGAGAGAGCAGACAAUUGUGCACUUAGAGCAGAAAAUGAUAAAAUUCGAUGUGAAAAUAUAGCAAUCAGAGAAGCACUCAAGAAUGUGAUUUGCCCAUCAUGUGGAGGUCCUCCUGUUACUGAAGAUUCAUAUUUUGAUGAGCAAAAGUUGAGAAUAGAAAACAUGCAAUUAAAAGAAGAGCUUGAUAAAGUAUCUAGUAUUGCUGCUAAAUAUAUAGGGAGGCCUAUUUCACAACUCCCACCAGUGCAACCUAUUCAUCUAUCUUCACUAGAUUUGUCUAUGUCUAGUUUUGUUGGCCAUGGCCCUAAUUCCCUCGAUCUUGAUCUCGAUCUUCUACCUGGAAGUUCAUCGACUAUUCCGGGUUUAGCCUUCGCCUCGUUGAAUUUAUCGGACAUGGAUAAGUCCCUUAUGGCUGAUAUUGCUGGGAAUGCAAUGGAGGAACUCAUUAGAUUGGUGCAAACCAAUGAACCUUUGUGGAUGAAGUCGGCUAUUGAUGGCAAAGAUGUACUUAAUUUCGAGAACUAUGAUCGGAUAUUCCCAAGGGCUAAUAGUCAUUUAAAAAACCACAAUGUUCGGAUUGAGGCUUCCAGGGAUUCAGGUGUUGUUAUUAUGAAUGGUUUAGCAUUGGUCGAUAUGUUUAUGGACGCGAAUAAAUGGCAGGAAUUCUUUCCUACAAUUGUUUCAAAGGCUAGGACGCUUGAAGUAAUAUCAUCUGGUGUGAUGGGAAGCCGAAUGAGUACAUUGCAAUUGAUGUAUGAAGAAUUGCAAGUGCUUUCGCCAUUGGUUCCAACGCGACAAUUGUAUUUCCUAAGGUUUUGCCAGCAGAUUGACCAAGGCUCGUGGGCAAUAGUUGAUGUUUCUUAUGAUAUAACUCAAGAAAAUCUGUAUUCGUCGACUUCUUGCAAGGUUCAUAGGCUUCCAUCAGGAUGCUUGAUUCAAGAUAUGCCCAAUGGUUAUUCCAAGGUUACUUGGGUGGAACAUGUAGAAGUGGAAGAGAAAGGUAUAAUUCAUAGGCUAUGUAGAGAUCUUAUACACAGUGGGUUGGCGUUUGGAGCAGAAAGAUGGAUUGGCACUCUUCAAAGGGUUUGUGAAAGAUAUGCUUGUCUCAUGGUUAAUAGCAACCCUACUCAUGACCUUGGUGGAGUAAUUCCAUCACCCGAAGGGAAGAGGAGCAUGAUGAAACUGGCAAAAAGAAUGGUGAGCAAUUUCUGUGCCAGCAUAAAUCCGUCUAAUGGACAUCAAUGGAACACAAUUUCUGGAUUGAAUGAGUUUGAAGUCAGAGCUACCCUUCAGAAGAGCACCGAUCCUGGCCAGCCCAAUGGUGUAAUCAUUAGUGCAGCCACCACCAUUUGGCUGCCAGUUCCUCCACAAAAUGUCUUCAAUUUCUUCAGGGAUGAACGGACUCGACCCCAGUGGGAUGUCCUUUCCAACCAAAAUCCAGUGCAAGAAGUAGCUCAUAUUGCAAAUGGCUCUCAUCCAGGGAACUGCAUUUCAGUGCUGCGGGCCUAUAACACUAGCCAGAACAACAUGUUAAUACUCCAAGAAAGUUGCAUAGACUCAUCAGGGGCACUAGUGGUGUAUAGUCCAGUCGAUGUACCGGCUAUCAACAUAGCGAUGAGCGGUGAGGACCCCACAUAUAUCCCAUUACUACCCUCGGGGUUCACGAUAUCGCCAGAUGGCCAUCAACUAGACCAAGAUGCAGCAUCAUGCAGCAGCAGCAGCUCAAAUGCAAGUACUAUAGGAGGCAGGUCAGGGGGUUCACUUAUAACAGUAGUGUUCCAAAUUCUAGUAAGCAGCUUGCCAUCAGCUAAAAUGAGUCCUGAAUCAGUAAACACUGUGAAUAACCUUAUAGGUAGCACUGUUCACCAAAUUAAAGCUGCCUUGAAUUGCUCCACUUCUUGAUCCAAAUUUGAAAUCAGUUCAGCUACUUAAAUUACCUCUGCUUCUGCUUCUGCUUCUGUUUGGAGGUAGUUGGGAAUUUUCAAUGCUUCUUCAUCAAUACUCCUGAGUAUCUGACUCAAUGUCACUGUGUCCAUAUGCUUCCUCCCCUCUGCCACUGUUACUCAUCCUGUCACAGUUUUAUUACAUUUCACAACUCAUAAUCUUUUUUUAUUUUUAUUUUUUGGGGGGUUGGUUAGCAUUUUUUUUUCCCUUUUAAAGUUGUGGUAUCUUCAUUUUGCUUAAAAGAGGAAGUCAAGAACGCACCAUACAAGAAAAUUCUUGGUAAGAAGUGUCUAUCAUUAUAGUGUGUUAAGGCAAGAAAAAUUGUAUGGUUCGGGUAUUGACUUCUGUACUUGAACUUUUCUUUCAUCAAUCUAAUGGAAGUAUGUUUGAUUUUC